AUGAAAUCAAUAUUCAUUCAUUCCAAAACAAGAACAACUGAUAACGUUGAUUGGGCAAAAGCGCUACAAAACUAUUUAGGUAAACUAUACGGUUCAUUCACAGAUUUAACAAAAGAGACAAAUACAAUCAAUAAAUUAAGAUUAGAUUUAAAUACAAAUAAUGAUGAUUCAAACAAGAGUUUCUUGAAAGAUUUAUAUUAUAAAUAUUAUGGUCAACUGGAACUAUUGGAUCUUAGAUUACCUGUCAAUGAAUUAGGUGUUCGUAUAAAAUUCACUUGGUAUGAUGCUUAUGAUGAAAACAAGAAUUAUACUCAACAUUCUUUAGCUUUUGAAAAAGCAAGUAUCUUAUUUAAUUUAGGUUCUAUCCUUAGUUCAAUUGCUUCUGAUAAAUUCACUGAAGGGGAUUACAAAUCAAGUUAUCAAAUUUUCCAAUAUUCUGCUGGUGUUUAUAAAUUUAUUAGUGAAAAUUUCCUUCAUGCUCCAUCUCAAGAUCUUGAUGGUAAAACUAUUGCUUUUUUACAAUUUUUACAAUUAUCCCAGGCUCAAGAAGUAUUUCUGUUAAAAUUAAUAAGUGAAGACCCUUCAAAAUAUUCAUUAAUUGCAAAAAUUUCAAUGGCUGUACAUAAUUAUUAUGAAACAACUUUUGAAAAUUAUGAAAAAUUAAAUGAAUUUAAAUUUGGUGAAUCAACAAAAUGGAAUAAUAUUUUGAGUUUCAAGAAAAAUUUUUAUUAUAAUAUUUCUCUUUAUAAUUAUGCCUUAUCAAUUGAAGAGAAAAAAAUUGGUGAAUCAAUUGCUUUCAUGACCAAGGCUCAAUCAGGUUUUGAAUCAUUGAAAAAAUUGGAAAAUCAAACUGGUAUUGAUUUUAAAACUUAUAAAUCUCAAUCAGAAGAUAAAAUUAAAACUUUAACAAGAGAUAAUGAUUUCAUUUAUCAUGAUUUAAUCCCUUCAAAUGAUUCAAUUGAUCCUUCCACAAUAAUAAAACCUUUUGAUGCAGUAAAACCAAUUUCUUUAAAUGAUCAUGCAAAUAUAACUGAAAUUAUUGGUGAAGAUAUUUUUGAAAAAAUUAUCCCAAUUAAUGUUCAUGAAAAAUUAAGUUAUUAUAGUGAAGAAAAAGCUAAAAUCUUGAGAAAUGAAAUUGAUAAAAAUGAAACUAAAAACAUUGAAUUAGAUUCAUUUUUAGAAUAUUUAAAUUUACCAAAUUCUUUAGAAAAUUUUAAAAAUAAUUUUAAACAAAAAUUAGAUUCAAAUUUAAUUUCUUGGUCAAAUGAAAUUAAUGAUUCUCCAUAUGGUAAUAUUGAAGAAAAUAAUCAAAAGAUAAAAGAUAAAAAAUCAAUUGUAUUAACAACAAUUAAAGAUUUAGAAUCUAAAUUAAAUCAAGAAGAACAAGAUUAUAAUGAACAAAAAUUUAAAUUAGGAAAUUCACAAGAAUCUUCAUAUGAUUCUUCAAUAAAUUUAAAAGAUGAAUUAACAAAUGCUAAACAAUCAAUUUUAAGUGCAACAAAAUUAGAUCAAGAUUUAAAUAAAUCAAUUGAAUCUGAAAUUUCUAAAAUUAAUCAAUUAAAAUCAACCCAAAUUUUAGAAUCAAUCUUCUUCCAUAAUGAUGAUUCUUUGAAUUUAUUAGAUAUUGAUGAUUCUCAAAAUGAUAAAAAUUUAGAAAAAAUUAAUAAAAUUGAAUCAAAUUUAAAUUAUUUACAUAAUGCUAAACAAGAAAGAUUUAAAAUUAUUGAUGAUUUAAAACAACAAAUUCAUAAUGAUGAUAUUUCAAAAUUAUUAGUUUUAAAUAAUAAAAAAUUAAAUGAAAAUGAUGAAAAAUUAUUAUUUGAACAAGAAUUAUUAAAAUUUGAACCUUAUAUUGAUAGAUUAGAUUCAAUAAUUUUUAAACAAUCAAAGAUAAUAAAAGAAAUUAAAAUUUUAUAUGAUGAUUUAUUAUCAUCAAAUGAUCAAUUAUCAAAAAAUUCUGAAAAAUUAAAAAAAUUUAAAGAAGUAUACAAAAUUUUUAAAGAAUAUGAAUUAAAUUUCCCCAAAUCAUUAAAAUUUUAUGAUAAUUUAAUUGAAUUUAUAAAUGAUGUGGAAAAAAAUGUCUUGAAAUUUAUAAAUGAUCGUUAUUCUCAAAGAGAUCGAUUAUUAAAUAACAAUUCACAACAACAACAACAACCAGAUUUAUUACGUGAUAGAUUUAAUAAAUUAAAUAUUAAUCAAUCAUCAUCACCACAACCACUUUAUAAACAACAAUCAUAUACAGGUUCUAUAUCAAGUAAUCAAUCAUAUGAACAACCAAUUGCACCAUCAUUAAAUCAUCAAAGAAAUUCACCCCAAUUACCACCAAAACCAAUACCACAAAGUUAUCAAUCAUAUCAACCAUUAACACCAUCACAAAAUCCAUCUAAUUUUGGUUUACAACAACCUCCAUUACCACCAAAACAACCAUCACAACAACAAUUCAAUUAUCCAUCAGUAUCAACACCACCACCUCCUCCACCAUCACAACAGCAACAAUCAUCAAAUAAUGGAUUUUAUGGAACUCCAUCAGUUUAUGAUCCUUCUUUAUAUAAAACAUUUGGUCAGUCUCAACAACAACAACAACAACAACCUUUACAACCAAGAUAUUCAUAUCCUUAUGAUCCAAAUAAACCAUAUCAAUAA